UCCACCGCUCACAACAGGCCACUCCCCCGGCUCCCCCGACCCCGCCUACACCCGUGCAGUCCUAACCAACCCCUUCGCCCGCACCCCCGACAACACCUUCUCCCCACCCUCCCUCUCCGCCUUCCCCUCCCGCCGCACCCAACCCAUCAUCAUGGACCUCCCUCCUCCCGCCGAUCCCCUGCUCCACUACCUCACCUCCGCCCUAACCAAAGACGGAAAACGCGCGCGCGCGAGCGGGAUCGUGUCGAGGAUGCUGUUGCAUGUACAUGCGCUGAGUCGCGGUGCGCCGCCAUUGGAUAUUGUGAGGGAGGCCGUGUUCGCGGCGGCGCCGAGUAUUAGGAUUAAGAAUAAUAAGAGGGCGGCGACGGUGGUGCCCGUUCCGAUGGUGAUGAAUGAAAAGGCGAGGGUGAGGGGGGCUGUUAAGUGGAUAUUGCAGGAGGUGGAGGUGGGGAGGAAGGGAGGGAGGAAGGGUCCGAUGAGGGUCGAGGAGAGGUUGGCGAGGGAGGUUAUUAAGAUCGUGCAGGGGCAGAGCGAGGUGUUGAAGAAGAAGGAGACGUUGCAUAAGCAUGCGAUGGUCAAUAGGGGAAACGCGCUUUCGAGGGUGUAGAUCUGAAUGCUUCUCAUAUUCUACUCGCAACUGGCCUUCUUGGCCUUUCUAUUCAGCGCCCCUCGUGGCGUGUCCGUUUUCUCCCCACUAUGACCUCUUUCGUCACAGACAUCCUGGUUAUCCACCACGUCUGCGUACGACUCUGCUCUCGCGUUCUCUUCUUCCUCUGGCUAUCAUUAUUCAAUACGAAUGUUAGCGCUAGGCGCUCGACGCUCUCCGUCUCUCCGUCUCUCCGAGGUUUCUGAAUCAGUUCUAGCCACUGAGCAUUUUACCUGCCACUUUC